AUUUCCAGGAGUCAUGUCAACUUUCAAUAUAACCACAACCCAUCCAGUGGCCUUCUUGUUGGUGGGAAUUCCUGGUUUGGAGCACCUACACAUGUGGAUCUCCAUUCCCUUCUGUUUUGCCUAUACUCUGGCCCUGCUUGGCAACUGUACCCUUAUUUUUAUUAUCAGGGCUGAUGCAGCCCUGCAUGAACCCAUGUACCUCUUUCUGGCUAUGUUGGCAGCCAUUGACUUAGUCCUUUCUUCUACAACAUUGCCCAAAAUGCUUGCCAUAUUCUGGUUCAGGGAUCGAGAGAUCAACUUCUAUGCCUGUCUGGUCCAGAUGUUUUUUCUCCACUUCUCCAUUAUGGAAUCAGCAGUUCUGCUGGCCAUGGCCUUUGACUGCUAUGUAGCCAUCUGCAAGCCACUGCACUACACCACGAUCCUGACCAGGCCCCUGAUUGCCAAGAUUGGCAUGGCUGCUGUGACCCGGGCUGUGACACUAAUGACUCCACUCCCCUUUCUGCUCCAAAGCUUCCACUACUGCCGGGGCCCGAUGAUUGCCCACUGCUACUGUGAGCACAUGGCGGUGGUAAGGCUGGCGUGUGGGGACACCCGCUUCAACAACAUCUAUGGCAUUGCUGUGGCCAUGUUUAUUGUGGUGCUGGACCUGCUGUUUGUUAUCUUGUCUUACAUCUUCAUCCUCCGGGCAGUUCUGCAGCUUGCCUCUCAGGAAGCCCGCUACAAGGCAUUUGGGACAUGUGUGUCUCACAUAGGUGCCAUCCUGUCCUUCUACACACCUGUGGUCAUCUCUUCAGUCAUGCACCGAGUAGCUCGCCAGGCUGCCCCUCAUGUCCACAUACUCCUUGCCAAUUUCUAUCUGCUCUUCCCACCCAUGAUAAAUCCCAUCAUCUAUGGUGUCAAGACCAAGCAGAUUCGUGACCACAUACUCAGUCUAUUCCGGAGAAAGGAUGUCUAGGUUA